AUUUCCAUUUUAGGCAGUAUCAAAACAAAGUUAAUCCUUUUCUCCUCAUUUGUUUGACCUUGCCUCUCCUUGUAUGCUUCAUCUUGCCGUUUGAAAAAAAAAUCGUUCCUUUUCUUAUUCCUUCUUUUCUUUCGUCAAUAAUAAAACAUCACACAGAAACAACUUAACAUGAAUCCUCAAAUCCCAGCAAUUCUUAACGCUAUCAAAAACAAUAACGAUUCAAUGCUUGCACUUGCACGGUCGGUCGGCUCCUUGGAAAGGGAAGUUGAUGUCACAUGCUGUCCUUUCAUGUCCAUCUGUAGAAUCUUCCAGCUCCGUAUCAAGAGCGUUUUCUUCUGGGCUGUUCGACGGCAUGCUCUUGACACUGUCUUACAAACGCAAAGUCGACUCACAGACGAAGUUUGUAAUGGAGGAGCUGACCAGUCUGUGCCACGACGUCGUCAGGGAGCACCAAUUGGAUAUCGCGCGCAGCGACGCAGUCAAUAUCAGGGACAACAUAUGGGGACGAUCUGGGAUAAUGGUCGAUGGGCGGCUUCUACCAAAAAUCAACAUUAUCAAGCGCUCCACAAGAGGAAACAUGUUUUUUUUCAGAAUAAAGGUUGCGUUGCCGUCGACAUCAAACACAGACGACUGUUCAAGGCUCCUAGUGUAAUAGUCGGAAGACGAAGACGCGUCGCAACUGCCCAGUGUGUUGCUCUCUUUAAGCCAAGAGAGACUACAUCACGCAAACGCGCCCGUUCAUGCGAUGGAUCUGCUAAUGACUUCACUGACAGCACCAGUAUUGCUCGCGUCGGUGCUCGUAAUGCUCGUGGUGUUCGCUGUUGCGGUCGUGUUGGCAACUAA